AUGGCCGACCCAUCGGCGAGCCCCUCCGGCGGCGGCGGGAGCCGCGUUAGCGGCAGCCCCACGGCCGGCGGCAUCGGGGAGGAGCGGGACGUGUUUCUGCCCGUCGCCGAUAUCAGCCGCUCUUGGAUCUCUGCUUGGCUUGAACGGCCUUUGUUUUUGGCGGGUGACGCGUCGGUGCUUUGCAUGGAGAGCGGCGAGAGCGACAGAUGCAAGAGGGCGAGGCGGGAGGCCACGGCCGGCAACGACCUGCUGCCCGAGAUGGCGAAGCAGGGGUUUCAGGCCCACCCGCACAAGAACAGAUCGGAGCUCCCUUGCACAAUGGAGGUGGUGGAGCCAAACCCCUUGCCCGUGUCCGAUGUCAGGGAUUGGUCUGAGCUCCCACUCGAUGCGCUUUCUGCAAUCUUCAUGAAGCUUGGGACCAUUGAGAUUCUGAUGCACGCGGAACUUGUGUGUCGCUCAUGGCGCAUAACAGCCAAGUCCCCCGAGUUGUGGCGUUUCGUGGACAUGACGCGCCACAAGGUGGUUUUCUCAAAGGCAGAAAAUGUCUUGUGUGAAAUGGCAAAGGUGGCUAUAGAUCGCUCCGAGGGACGGAUGGAAUCGUUCUGGGCUCAGAAGUUUGUCACUAGCGAACUCCUGAAUUACAUUGCAAGCAGAUGCAACUCAUUGAAGAGCAUUCGGCUCAUUGCCUCCCAAUACUUUUGGGACGACGGAGUAACUAAGCUUGCGGCUAGAUGUCCAAUGCUAGAAGAGAUAGAGUACUCUGGUCAGAAGCUGUCGUGGCCAUUUUUCAAGCGGAUCGGUGCUGCUCGCCCAGAGCUGAAACGUUUAAGAGUCCGUUUGCCUUGGGUCGACGAGGAGGAAGAGGAGGAGCUUUAUGAGGCCUGGGAGGCGAGACAGAACGAGGAGGCCUUCGCCAUAGCAGAGAGCUUGCAGGAGUUGCAGCUCCUUCAGAUGGCAGGCUACGGCCUGACUGAAAAGGGGGUGUACGCCAUUCUUGAAGGCUGCCCCCACCUCGAAUUCCUCGACCUUAGAGAAUGCGACAACCUUGAAGUUGACGAUGAAUUCCGAGCUCGCUGUGCCAAUAUCAGGCAUGCCCGGCUGCCAGGAGUGGUGGGGUCUCCGCCUCACGCUCAGUGCCCAGAUCUCCAUACCAUCGAGGAGAACGAAGGUGAAGUGAUAGAGCAAUCUGAUCUCUAUGCUUGCUCUCCGCACAACGAGGCAGCGAUGGACAGCGAUGGCUGCGACCAGUGCUAUUGUCAUGGCUGCGGCGAGUACUAUUGCGAAUACUACUGCGAUUGCUACUGCGAGUACUCCCUGCUCCCCUGGGAUGACUACUGAGAUGACACACCUCUCUUGCGCAACGUGAUCGACCUACUCCAAGGAUGAUCCCAGAUACUACUGGGAGCUGUGACAGAUGCAACUAGGUAGCUGUGCCAUGUUCGGUAGUCCAAGUCACUGUCUUGGGGUUUUAGAUCUUGAAGAGUUUGUGUGUAUCCCUGCAGGAGGGCUUCUGAUGUGCAAACAAGCCAAUGGUGCUUUUGAACUAUCUGCCUAUAGUGUGUGUUUUGAUAGUUGCAACCGUCUAGUAGUACUCCUACGAGUACUAGGUAUCAUCCAUUAACUAUGAUGCGCAUGCUAAUGUUAGUUUGCUAGUACUCAGCUGUAUUCUCAAGCUAUC